AUGCCUCGCGCUGAUCCAACCCAUCAUCCUAGGAUCCUCGAUACUCGCGGAUUCUCACUUUCAUCUACGGGGUCCUUGAACACCCUUGUCGCGUCCGUUUCUUACCAUGCUCUCACCGCCUGGCUGUUCGUUCGCAACGACAUCUUCAACUUGCCCACUGUCGGCGUGUUUUUUGGGGUUCUCAAUGGCUUGAUAGCACACAAGGCGUAUGGAGGUCCGGACUUUUCCAUGUUCCAAGUACUAUUAGCUGUGCCUUCGAUGAUCCUCUGGACAUGGAGUCAUCUCCUCAUAUUCAAUCUCCACAAUCAAUUGGGAGGAUUAACAGAGGACGCCAUCAAUAAGCCCUGGCGGCCUAUUCCCCAAGGUCGCAUAAGCGAGCGACAGACUAGAAUCCUGCUUUGUCUCCUGUAUCCCCUGACGGUGUUGCUCGCGGCAAAGAUCGGGGGGUUGAACGUCUCGCUGCUGGAGCUAGGAGCAUGUUUGUGGUACAACCAUUUCGAAGGGGGUUCUGACCCAUUUCUGAAGAACCUUCUGAACGGAAUUGGUAUCUCAUGUUUCCUAGCCGGGCCGCUUGAGGUUGUGUUGCAAAGGAGCAUCGCUACAGACUAUCAAUUGGCAACUUGGAUGCUGAUUAUCGGUUGUGCAAUCGUGACAACUGUCCAUGUUCAAGAUUUUAGAGAUGUGGCUGGCGACAAAGCAUCUGGGAGGCAAACAAUCCCUAUUGUGAUAGGCGAUUGGAAUGCUAGAUUGGUCGCCUCCGGCGGACUAUUUUUGUUCACGCUCCUGUCAUAUUGGUUCUGGAGCGCCGGAUGGAAAGAAUCAGGUGCAGCUUGGCUGGGCGCAGCGAUGCUGACAAAGACAUUGUUACUAAACCGAGAUCAGGAGGCGAAUGAUUUCGCUUGGAAGACGUUGUGGUUUUUGUGGCUGCUCGGCUUAUUCCUUAUCCCGUUUUUCAAACAUUUAAUUGGCCAUUAA